UCUUUUUCUGUUCAUUUUUUUUUUUUUAGUGCCACAGCCCCCCACUAUCACACACCAGUCCCCCAAGGAUUACAUCAUCGACCCCCGGGAGAACAUUGUCAUCCACUGUGAGGCUAAAGGGAAGCCUCAUCCCAGUUUCUCCUGGACGAGAAACGGCACCCACUUUGACCUGGAGCAGCACCCCAACGUGCACAUGAGGGCCCAUUCGGGAACACUGGUGGUGGACAUCAGCAGGGAGCGGACGGAACACUACGAGGGCACGUACCAGUGCACGGCCAGGAACAAACACGGGACCGCCGUCUCCAAUGACAUCGUGCUGCGCCAACCCAGGUCGCCUUUGUGGUCCAAAGAGAAGAUC